AUGCAAUGGAAUGGAAAAGUUCGCAAUGGAUACUCAUGUGUUCCGGUGGCCCUGGCUGAGGGCUUGGAUAUCAGGCUCGGUACUUCCAUCACUGAGAUUUCGUAUGGAGGGCCUGGAGUCUCCGUGAAGGCAGCUAAUCCGAGAGUACCAGGGCAGACUCAAACAUUUAAGGGUGACGUACUACUAUGCACUCUGCCGCUCGGCGUUCUCAAAGUGGCUGUGGCUAGCAAUGGACAAAAUCAGCAGAACUUCGUCCAGUUCGACCCACCGUUGCCUGAUUGGAAGGUCUCAGCUAUCAAGCGUCUGGGAUACGGAAACUUGAACAAAGUUGUUUUGUGCUUCGAACGCAUUUUCUGGGACCCCAGCGCCAAUCUCUUCGGUCAUGUGGGAACAACUACUGCAAGCAGAGGUGAAUUAUUCCUCUUCUGGAACCUAUACAGCGCUCCAGUGUUGCUAGCGCUUGUCGCCGGUGAGGCAGCUGCAGUGAUGGAGAACGUCACUGAUGACGUCAUCGUUGGGCGCUGCAUCGCCGUGCUGAAGAGCAUCUUUGGUCACGCUGCUGUACCACAGCCCAAGGAAUGUGUGGUUACUAGAUGGCGAGCAGAUCCAUUUGCACGCGGAUCCUACAGUUUCGUAGCCGUGGGUUCGUCAGGCGCUGACUAUGACUUGUUAGCGGCACCCGUGCCUGACUCUUCUGGGGAGAACAGAUUGUUCUUUGCCGGUGAACAUACAAUGCGUAAUUACCCAGCGACGGUUCACGGGGCAUUUCUAUCGGGACUUCGCGAGGCAGGUCGACUUGCUGAUCUCCUGGUGCCCCUUCCACCUGUCACAAACGCCACUGUGGCAAAUGCUACGGCUAAUAGUCAUUGA